UCUAGUAAAUAAAAGGAUCUUCCUUCCCUUUCAUUUCUCUUUCUUCAUUUGCUAUUUACACUCAUUCAAACCAACUGAAUCUCUCCACCAUCAGUCCCUCCAUUUUAGCUCCGGCGUUUCAUAUAUUUUCGGUUAAUUAAUAAUUCUCUUUAAACAUUCUUCACUUCCAUUCCAUCUCUCUACUGAUGUGAAAAAUGGAACCACAAUUUCGGGGUUCUUCUCCCAAAUUCAGAGUUAAGCGAACCAUCACCACCAAGCAACAAUCAGUGACGGAUUCACCAAAAGUGGUAACGAUUUCAAUGACGGAUUGGGAUGCGACUGAUUUUUCAAGUGAUGAAGAAAACUCACAAUUGGGUCGCAGGAAUAUCAAAAGGUAUGUUAGUGUGAUUAACUUCGAAGAGAAUUGUUGUGGUAAAAUCUUGAAGGAAAAUGGUGGUGAUGUUUGUAAGAAGAAACAAAGUCGUCGGAAAAAGGAACCAGCGGCCACGGCGGGGGUUGAAGCUGGGAGAGGUUCGGGGAAUGAACGGAGGUUUCGCGGAGUAAGACAGCGACCGUGGGGGAGGUGGUCAGCGGAGAUUCGUGAUCCGGUGAGGCGGGCGAGAGUUUGGUUGGGUACUUACGAUACGGCGGAGGAGGCGGCGUUAGUUUAUGAUCGGAGAGCAAUUGAAUUACGUGGGUCACAAGCUUUGACGAAUCUACUACAGCCACCGCCACCGGAAACACCGGAAAUUACUCCGGUCUCGAUCCCUGAACAAUACUCCGGCAAUGAGUCGCCUGAUCUUUCCUCUCCAACCUCUGUUUUACGUUUUGACAAAACGGAAGAUGCUUCUGAAAACCAGUUAGAACCGAAACAAACCGACGAAGCACUUGUCAGCAAUCCGUUUUCCAAUGAAUAUUUGAAUUACGAUUCAAAUUUCCAAGAUGAUAUCUUCGAUUUUCGGAUACCUUCUCCGAUAAUCCUUGAAGAAGUUAAUUUUCCAGAGAAAAUCGGAACGGAAUCAAGCGAAAUCUUGUCGGAAUUGGACGUUGAUGUGAAAUCGUGGGCUUGGGAUGUUGAUAGUUUCUUCCAAGAUCCUCACUUUUAGUGUGAAAAUACGUACACGAAUGGUUUUUAUUUCAUCAAGAUUCAAGACGCUCUUUUUGUUCAUCAUUCCUGAACCAUUGUCUGUAUUUCCCACUAAGACGGUAUAUGGAAAAUAAUAAUAUUUGAUUCAGCAGUAAAUUAUCGCAACUUUUGGUAUAUUCUUAGUUUUUAUUCUUUAGCAAUAAAUAAAUAUCCGAUUUAGCCAUAACUUUAU